AUGCGGCCGCCGCUCUUCGGGACCCGCUCUUCUCUGCAGUAUCUGCUGGUCGCCGCCGCGCUUUGCUUGUGCAUUUGGAGGUACUUCUUACUCAAAGGUAAUAGUGGCAUCGACCCAUGCUCUAUAAAUGCCUUAACGCUGGCUCGCUUGAGGAGGGUUUCGGAGUUAGAUUUAGAGAAUAACUCAAAAUGCAGUAGUGUGGUUGAUGGUAAUGUUGAAGAAGUCCCCAACAAGAAGAUAAUUAAGUUUAAUCCUCCAUUAUACAAACAGCGUUACCAAUUCGUUAAAAAUUUAGUGGAGCAACAUCAACCCAAGAAGGUUGCAGACUUGGGGUGUGGUGAUGUUUGCCUCCUAGUGAUAUUAAAAUACCAAAAGUGCAUUGAAGAGCUUGUUGGAGUGGAUAUCAAUGAAAGGAGACUUAAAUGGAAUGGGUCUAAGCUGUCCCCAUGCGUGGGGGAUCAUCUGGAUCCUCGAGAGCUGGAUUUAGUUAUUACCUUGUAUCACGGCUCUGUUUUGGAGAAGGACUGUCGUUUGCUUGGAUUUGAUUUGGUAGCAUGUAUUGAAUUAAUAGAACAUUUUAAUUCAGAAGAUCUGGCGAAGUUUCCUGAAGUCGUAUUUGGGUACAUGUCUCCAGCUAUGAUUGUCAUCAGCACGCCGAACUCUGAUUUCAAUCCCCUGUUUCCAUCUGCAGUCUUCAGAGAUUCAGAUCACAAAUUUGAGUGGAGCAGAAUGCAGUUUCAGACCUGGGCUUCAGACGUUGCCAAUCACUACGGUUACUCUGUGGAGUUUACUGGUGUGGGAGAGCCACCAGCAGGAGCUGAGGAUGUUGGAUGUUGUACCCAGAUAGGGGUCUUCCGGAAAAAAGCAAAGGCAACUGAAUCUGCUGUUUUGGAGCACCAUGGCGAACAUGUUUAUGAAGUUAUUUAUACAACCUCAUACCCAAGUUUACAGCAAAUGAAUUACCGUAAACGUGUAGUGACUCAUCUAGUGUACCGAGAGGUGAACAGAAUGAAAUUGAUAUGUCAAGCGAGUCUGAGACAGCACGAAUUGGAACCUGAGUUCGCAGACCCUGGCAACCCAAUGAGAAAAUUCAUCUUAGACCUUCCAGUUACAGUACUCACAGAGGCAGACAAAGCCAUGGAGAUGACUCCCCAACCCUAUUGUAUUGGAGAUAAGUUUUAUGUGCCCCUGGAGAGAAUCAUUGCUUAUCCCAGGCUGGGGCACAUAUGUGGUAAUGUAGAGAAGCUGAGAGAGUUCCUUGCUGAUGUAGUAGAACUGGACUGCAGUGGUUCUGCAGUGAAGGUUGACUUGCAUGAUUGUGAUGACUACUGA